CCUUCUCCUCCCUCCUCUUCUUCGUCUCCUUCUUCACCAUAAACAGUCUGGGCACCUAUUUACUUUGAAAUGAGACGUUUUGAGGCAAAUCUGUACUUCCAGUUAGUUCCAUGCCUCCUGAAUGGUCCCAUUUAAACAAAUGAAGUGAUGCUCGCCUCUGUAAAGGCGGCUUUGACCCGACACUCAGCCACUGACAGGUGAAACAUUAACUUUUGUCCUGCGUUAAGGAUGCUGCCCCGCUUCCUAAUUAGUGGAAACAGUAGACAGUGUAUCCAGAUGUCACACUAAUGGUGGCCUAGAGUUUGGCUGUUGCCCUGGCAACCCAUAAAUCAACAUCAUCAGUGCCAGACCAAGCUGAAAACAGGAGAGAAAACGCCGAUUCAGCUGCUAUUUAGGAGAACCACAUUUCAUAUACUUUUUUAUUUGAUUAUUUUUUAAACAAUUUUUUCAACUUUCUGAUUAUUUAGAAACAGAAUGCCACUCUGCCCUGGCCAUUUCCUUUGUAGAGCUUACCACAGCGUCUGCGUACUUUUCUAAGAGAUCGACUUUUUAUUGGACUUCAGCUUUUGUGCCUCUUUAUUCUGUGGGGAGGUAGAUGGAGAGUUUUCAGCUGGUGCGUGUCAAAGUGAGCUGGACGGCCCUCCUGGCUUUAGCCCACUUCAUCUACCUGUUUGUGGGAGCGACCGUUUUUCAAAUGCUGGAGCGAGAAGCUGAGCGCAACAACCGCAACCACUUCCAGCUGGAGAAGCUGAACUUCUUGGCUAAUUACUCUUGCCUGGAUGGACCUGCCCUGGAGAACUUUGUGAAGGUGAUUUUGUAUGCCUGGGAGAACGGAGUGAAUCCCUCGGGGAACUCAACUAACCCCAGCAACUGGGACUUCAGUAGUUCCUUCUUCUUUGCAGGCACAGUUGUCACAACUAUUGGCUACGGUAACCUCUCUCCCAGCACCGUGUCAGGCCAGGUGUUCUGCGUCUUCUAUGCUCUGUUUGGGAUUCCACUGAACCUGGCUUUCCUAAAACAGAUUGGCAAGUGUCUCAGCGUUCACCUGAGUCGAUUGGAGAGGAGGAUGGUUGCAGUUGUUCCCCUUAAGAUACCUCGAACAGUUGAAGCUGUGGUGGUCAGUUUGUUCUUCGUUUCGGGCAGCCUCCUGUUUCUGGUCAUCCCUCCUCUGCUGUUCAGUUAUGUGGAAGACUGGACAUUUGGCGAGGGUUUCUACUUCGCCUUCAUAACUCUCAGCACCAUUGGUUUUGGAGAUUAUGUAGUGGGAACUGACCCAGGAAAGGAGUACAUCUCUGUGUACCGCAGCCUUGCUGGCGUUUGGAUCCUCUUCGCUCUGGCUUGGCUGGCACUCAUCCUAAACACAGGAGCCCAAAUGAUGGAAAACCUUGUUACCCUGAUGCGUCCGGGCUUCACUAGGCAAGAGGAGGAAGAAGACAGGUCCUCUGGGAAACUGGAGGACACACACAAGAUUUGACAGCGAAUUCCACCUGACCUCCAAGCUGAAUCUGCUUGCUAAAAGUGCUGGACUGUAAUGGGAAGGUCCAGUUCAAGGAUGGGGCCACUUCUUGUUUUGUUAGCAAAACCAGUGUUUGUUGACGUUUGAUAAAUGUAAUGCUCAAAGUGGAAACGGUGUUUGCUAUAGUUUUCCUUCUAUCUCUGUCUAAACGGUGUGAGUAACAGCCUCGUAUCCUGGAGGAGUCCAACCGCUUUGCUGGCUUCCUCUAAGUCUUCUCUUCCACUUUGGUGAUUGAAUCUUCAAACCCUGUAAACUGACUUAUUGUUUGUUUGCAUAAUAACACAAAUGCGUUUUUUAUGUGUAUUGAGUUCAUGCGAGUGCACAUCUGUGCAAACAAACGUGCACUCCCUCUAGUGACUUAGCUAGCACUGCUAUCUUAGGCUAACACACUCAUCCAGAUGGAGAAGGGGGGGGUCUCACCAGUCAUAGUUGUAGUUUUUAACUAAAUGUUACAUAUAAAUAAAGUCCUUCACUUGCUGUUUUUCAUAUUUUAAUGGUUUUUUUUGCUGAAACCCGAAGCAUGACUGUCGUCGUCCCUGCAGCCUGCUGUUGUCUUUUCCUCGCCUU